GGAAGUGCUGUCCUCAAGAGCAACAGCAGCAGCAGCAGAGGUACAACCAGAGCUGCUACUGUUUUGGAAGAGCAGAACGGCGAUUUAGUGGCCGGUUUUCCUGCGCCCGCGUCUCUCCUGUCGGGGCUCGUCACCGUUCAUCUUGACCGUGGAGCUUAGCAGUAUUAUGCGAGCGCAGUGCGGAGUGUGGGAGCACCGUGUGAAGUGAGUUUCCUUGAAUCAUCUAUAUGGGCCAUCUUUUUUCGAAAAAUGGUUAUCGCCUGAAGAAGAGGACACGCAAGUUGCAUCACAGGAAGAAGAAGAAGAGGAACUGUUUUCUGCACGGGCCCUGCAUGCUCUGCUUUAUCGUCCACGGCAACAGCGGCGGUUUCGACGACGAGAGCGACCACUUCGAAGCCAACGGGUGUCGACACAACAGCAUCACGGGAAUCAGCGUCCCAGGUGUUGGCGGAGUCGGCAUCGGAGCGGCAGCUGCCACGAAGCUUGCGGAGCGAUACGCAACUCUCGCAUCUCCGGAGGAUUGCUCCAAGUUCUUGUUGUCACCGAGGGAACUUGCUAUCUGGGAGGGCCAGGGGAGGAGCCUUUUGUCAGCUGUUCCUGCUAAACUAAUUCCACCACCGGCCCUCUUCCGUACCGCUGGUGUGUCUGUGACAGUGCCCAUACCUGUGCCUGUGCCUGGCUGCACCAGCGAUUACACAGAGAUGGUGUGUAAGAGGAAGUGCUCAGAGGUGCAAAGGUGCACCCCUUGUAAGCAGCCGCGCUGUGCCUUCGCUGCUCCUGAUGGAGGGCUGGAGAAUGGAGGUGGGGGGGAGGCGGCCUCGAACUCUGAAACGGGCCACUGCCACCUUCCCCUUUGCCCGCUUCCCUCCUCCUCUUCCUCAUCUGCUUCCUCUUCUUCCUCACCUGCUGAUGGCUGCUGUGGGUUGGGUCUUCACGCCGAUUUGUCCAACAGUUCUGACUCGUCCCCGCCUUGUGCACAUAACUAUGACGACUGCCAGGCAAGAAGUUCUGAAGCUGCUGAUAACUUGAGUAUCAACCAUCUGCCUUCCUCCAUCCUUCUUAAGGUGCUGUCUCACCUGACAGUAAAGGAGCGCUGUCUUUGUGCCUCUCUGGUUUGUAAGUACUGGAGGGACCUCUGCUUGGACUUCCAGUUCUGGAAGCAAAUUGACCUCAGUGGCCUACAACAAGUAAAUGACGAUCUUCUGGUGAAAAUAGCUUCUCGUAGGCAGAAUGUGACAGAGAUUAACAUCUCGGAUUGCAGGGCGGUUCAUGACCACGGCGUGUCCUCCCUGGCUUCACAGUGUCCUGGCUUGCAGAAAUAUACCGCCUACCGCUGCAAGCAGCUGGGUGACAUUUCUUUGUGCGCUUUGGCUACACACUGCCCUCUUCUGGUGAAGGUGCAUGUGGGCAACCAGGACAAACUGACAGAUGCAGCAUUGAAAAAGCUGGGGGAGCACUGCGGUGAGCUGAAAGACAUCCACUUGGGUCAGUGCUACGGUAUCUCAGAUGACGGCAUCAUGGCCUUGGCGAGAGGAUGCCCUAAACUGCAGAGACUCUACUUGCAAGAGAACAAAAUGGUCACUGAUCAGUCUGUGCGGGCAGUAGCAGAGCAUUGUCCCGAGCUGCAGUUUGUUGGCUUCAUGGGAUGCCCCGUGACCUCUCAGGGAGUCAUCCAUCUGACUGCGCUGCGUAACUUGAGCGUCCUGGAUCUGCGACACAUCUCGGAGCUCAACAACGAGACGGUGAUGGAAGUGGUGAGGAAAUGUCGCAACCUCAGCUCUCUCAACCUUUGCCUGAACUGGAGCAUCAACGACAGGUGUGUGGAAAUCAUUGCCAAGGAGGGGAGAAGUUUGAAGGAGCUGUAUCUCGUGUCUUGUAAAAUUACAGACCACGCUCUGAUAGCUAUAGGGCAGUACAGCAGCACCAUUGAGACUGUUGAUGCCGGCUGGUGUAAAGACAUCACGGACCAGGGUGCCACACAGAUUGCUCAGAGCAGCAAGUCCCUUCGCUACUUGGGCCUCAUGAGAUGCGAUAAGGUCAACGAGGAGACAGUGGAGAGGCUGGUGGUCCAGUACCCUCACAUUGUGUUCAGCACAGUGAUGCAGGACUGCAAGAGAACCCUGGAGAGAGCUUAUCAAAUGGGCUGGAGUCCCAACACAUCGAACACUUCGUAGCUACUGCUGGAUCACACAGACACGCUCAACAAACACACGCACACAUAAGCACAUAAAACACAUUUGCUAUACAAAGGCCCUUUUUUGUAUACACACACAAAAUGCGAAGCUCAGUCAUGUUUGCUUCUCAUUGACUGUUCAAACAUGCAUGUGAACAUGUAGCUACACACUCACAGACACAAAGUCUGACUCCAUCAGUUUUAUUUGAAGUAAAUCUCUUUAGAUUCAGUCAGGCGAUGUAGUGAUAUCUGCUCUAGGUAAAGGUAAGGAGUAUCACUCCUCAUACCGUUUCACUUCUCUGUAUUGUGUUGGGGUGAUUAGAGGUAAAGUUGCAAGGCUAAAGGUUUGGUCUUGAAUGAAAAGAUUCAAACAAUAAACAUUCAGAAACCAUUGGACCAGAAUUAUUUUAGCGAAAUAACUUCAAAACAGAAAAAUGAAUUCACCAACCAAAACUGGUGAGCUACAGCAGUGCACCUCUGUCGCCCCAGGAGACAUCAUCUUACUGCCUCAGAGCAGACAACAACUGAACGGCCAGGGCCUCAGACCUCACUUAAAGUUAUUUGAAAAUAGUUACAUUUAUUUUGUCCACUUGAAACUUUUUUUUUCGUUCUUGGAUGUUCAGUACAGUAUUAAAAGCGCCUGCAGACUUGUACAAGUACACGUGGUGAGAUUUUUGGCAAGGACAGAGCUCUUUGCAGUGAUUCAGUAUGCACAUUGUUAUCAUACAAAAGGAACAUUCAGUCCAGAAGAAGUCAGAACUGUGGAAAAUUUAUGGCAAGAAGAAAGCAUUGAAAUGUGCAUGUUUGCAGUGAGAUCGUGACCUUACUGUCUCAGCAGGAUAUGGAGCAUUUUGAAAUGUGAAGAUGAAAUUGGCAUCCAUUUUACCUGGAAUCACGUCUGCUUUUUUUCCAUGCACGGAUUUAUCAUUGACUGAGCAUUAUGUUGAGAAAUUUAACAGUGCUUGAAAUAGCAGUUGCCUUUACCCAAAAAUGAUGGGUCAUAUUAUAAGAAUAUUAACCACGGUCACCAUGAUAAUUAAGAGAAAGUGUUAAGCCUUAAGUGGUUAGCAAAUGCCAUCCAAUUAGAGAAAUUAUAUUAGAUUGUAUUGAAAAAAAAAAAAACAAGUCAACACAUUAAAUGUUGUAACUGAGAAAUGCUCAUUUUGAAUUAGAUAUCAGUAGGGGGAGGAAAAAAGUUGAGAUUUGGGAAACAGAAUGUAGCACACAUUUUUGGCUCAUUAGUGCAUAGUUUAAUAGCCAAAAUCCUCCGAUUAUAUAAGGAUGCAUUAGUGCACAUGGUAUGGUGCUUCCACCCCUCUGAAGUCACUUUAAAUGCUGAAUAUAUGCACGUUUUUCCAGCAACAUGUGCCAUCCAAACAAGGACUUUUCAGUGAAUGCCUUGCUUAUUUCAGCAAGACAAUGCCAAACCAUUAUCUGCAUAUAUUGCAACAGCAUGGCUUCGUAGUCAGAGUGUGUCUGCUGACUGAUCUGUCUGCAAGCCAGGUCUGCCAAUUUGGCAUGAAAUUCAAAGUCGUAAUAUAUUUUUCAAUAUACAGCAUAAUUUCUCAAUUUCAACAUUUGAUACAAUGUCUUAGUUCUAUUUUAAAUGUUUCACUUAGCAUCUCAACUUUUUUGGAAGUGUAUUUGAUUUCAUAUAUACAUAUAUAUAUAUCUAUAUAUAUAUAAAUAUAAAUAAAUACUGUGUGGGGUUUACUUAGCAGAAUAUUGGUUUUGAGCAUAUACUUGUAACAUUUGCUAUGUAGCAACGAGCAGUUUAUCUUUCUUAGUUGUGUAGGAUGCAAAGAAAAGAAAAAACUGGCUUGGGCCUGACACCAGAGUGAGUAGAAGUUGCAAGGUGAGAAUCAUCAUUUUCAUCCGUUCUUUAGAAAUUCAGCAAUGUACAUUUAAAAAUGCAAAUAUUUUUCUAUGGUGUGAAGCAGCUCGGAGCUCAACCUCCACGUCACUCUGAUAUGAACAAUAGCUUACUGAGGUUAGAAUUUAGAGUAUUACUGUAAACUUUCAACAGCACAUAGAGAAUUCAGACAAUUAAAAACACAUUCAUUUUAUCCGUGUCAGGAUUUGUAGACUUUAACUAACGGAGGGUUUCUCCCUCGAUCUGCUUUUGUUCUAUUUCUGUUCUUUUGUAAUCCCCAUAUGCACUUCCUUCUCUGCUAGAUGUUGACACACUUGAUUCCUGAUUUGUUAAGGCAACCGUAAAUGACUGGAUUUACAUAAAGAUGAAUAAAACACUACUACUUCAAGCUUUUUUUCCCCCCUCAUUUCUUUCUGUAUCUCUGGAAUUGAGUCAGGAGAGGAAUAUUCAGAACGCCAGUGGAACACUUUUCCGCUCAUUUUACAACAUCUGUUGAGCACUUAAACAUUUUUUUCCAUCGAGAUUUCCAGACCUUUUAUUAUAUGAGUUGCAUAUCAACAAAGAGGGCAUACUAUUUAUAAUGCUAGAAUGGUGAAAUUUAACACAGACUGCAUUCUGAGGUAAAAUGCAAAUAGGGAUACCAGCAUGUUUUUCUUUGGAACCUAAGGCCUUGGAAUGUAUGAGUAUGACAUACCAAAGCCUCUGUAUUUUUAGAAAUAAAGACGUUUUCAACCCUAAA